AUGGCGACCCCGCCCUUCGCGGAGCACGUCCCGGAGGCGGGCGGCGCAGAGGGCCCGGCGCCGCCCGGCCCCGGCCGGGCCCCCCUACCGGACGCCCUGGACGCUGGCACGCUGGAGGGCCUGGACCUCAGCGAGGAGGCCACGGGGAUCGCGCACAGGAUCUACGGCGAGCUGCUGCCGCUGCUCAGGGCGGAGCAGGAGUCGGACCUGUCGUCGCAGGGCAGCGACGACGACAGGUUCGCCAACAUCUGGCGCGCGUGCGUGCUGUUCAUCGCCAAGUCGCUGGCGGCCCAUCAGGCCCAGGGGUCAGGCGCGAGGAACGGGGGACUGCCGCUGACCAAGAUCUUGAGGGCAACCGGAGCCAAGUUGUUCGAUUUCUUCAAGGAGCUGCCAGCAGUGGUUGUGAAGCUGCGCCCGCGUCUGACUGGCAUUUUCGGAGAGGAUAAAUCUCUGGAGCAGACGCUCAGCGUGAAGCAAUGGCAGAUGAGCAUCGUGUUCCUCACCGUGAUUGCAAAGAAGUACAAGGAACUGUAUGCAAAGGUCUUCUCUGUGAAUCCUGAGCUGGAUGGUGAUCUCAGCAGCAUGCCAUCCUUUCAGUUCGGCUGGCUGCUGGUUCUGCAUGCUAAGGCCAGGCUGCUGCCAAGACUCUUUCCUGAUCUCUUGAACUGCUACCAUCGGCUCAUAUGUGUGGUGAACUUCUUGAUGAUCAACACGCCACGGUCUAAGUGGAACAAAGAACCCAACUCUCCGAUCAACAUUCAGCUCAGCCAGCAGCAGGGCCCUUUCAACACAUUGCGCGCACUGGCAGGAAUAAGCAUGAUGAAAGAUGUGGAUGAAAUUGACAAGAUCGAGGUUGCCAUGAAGGAAGUCGAUGAGCUCAUAGAGGGCCUGCUUGACUCAUGUCCUGGUGUCUGCGACUCAAAGAGAGAUGUGUACCCUGACAGUGCAAGCCUCGUCCCUUCAUGCCAAUAUUACGAGGGCCUUUUGGAGAUGGGCCCCUUGUUCAACGACUGCCUUGCACUCCUGAACGUUAAAUAUGAGGAAUUGUAUGAAAGUGUUGGGGAGAUCGAUGAACGUGAGUUUAUUGUGGAGGGAUUCCUUCCAAAGCCAGGGAGCCAGGCAUUGGCCCAGACGUCUCCCAUAUCAUUGAUGCCCAGUGCCCAGUUUCAAGUUCCACUGAGCCCAUUCAGACCCACAGGACAGAUGGCUGCCAUUCUGCAGUCACCAAAUCCGAUUCGAGCCUCUCCGAUGCCGCCUCUUGGAUUGGGCCUUGCAGGCCCUCGGAUUCCCCCUCCAACGCCAAUGUCACAGACCAUAACUUCCACCCAGUGGUUAAACGAGUUUGUGGACAACAACAAUGGGAAGCCAUCUGAUAGGCUCUUGAGUUAUUUCAAGACCUGCUCCAGGGACGUUGGCCCUGACAUCGAGAGGCGCGUCUGGGAGCUGGCUGCAAAGGUUUUUGGCGAUGCUGGGGCUGCCGCCACUGCUGUACCACAGCAGGGCUGGACAGGCCAUGGGGAGUGUUCUGUGCUGGCCGUGAAGGUGUACUACAAGGUUCUGGAAGCGCUCCUGGUUGCAGAGGAGCAACGCACGCACAAGAAGAAUUUCACAUCGUUGCUCACAUCAGAGUCUUUCCACCAGUGCCUGUUGGCAUGCUCUGCUGAAAUCGUGGUUGACACCAGGCAAAUGAGUUCCCAUGCCUUCCCCGAGGUACUCAAGCGUCUUGGUCUCAAGGCCUUCGAUUUCAGCAAAGUGAUAGAGCUGUUUGUCAAGAAUACCCCCAAUCUGCCCAAGCACCUCAAGCGGCACCUCUUUGAAGUGGAAGAGCAGAUCAUCGAGUGCUUGGCUUGGGAGCCUGGCUCAUCAAUCUACAACUUGAUCAGGGGAGCUGUGGCCAACGAGUCGCCCUCGACAUCCGGCUCACAGCCACCAGAGACACCACAGACCCCGCCAAAUCCUCACCCUCGGGGAGCCAUCCCCAGUGGUAGUUAUGUGCAUCCCUUUCCACCAUCAAGUGUGCCUAGUUUGUCGCUGUCUCCCAACUCCGCCUUCAAGAUCUUCACUUCUCCUCUGAGAUCAGUGCGUGGAGAGUCUGCCAAUCCUGCAGAGUCCGUAUCGAGCCAGCUCCAGGCGUCCACAAGUCCAUUACCAAGGCGGCUAGGUGGCCCUGGCCAUGGUCCCCCUCCUGCACGACCCAACCCUGCCCGCACCGUUCUGGGGGACUUCUUCCGGAAGGUGCUCAAGCUGAGCGCCCUGCGGCUGAUGGACCUGCGGCAGCACCUGUGCUUCGACCCCCUCAGUGCGAACGACGUGCUGCAUCAAGUGUUCAACGCCAUCCAGUUUGCCCUGUACGAAUGCACCGAGCUGUUCUACAACCGGCAUCUAGACCAGAUCCUGCUGAGCUCCCUGUACGGUGUGUGCAAGGUCAACCAGCUGGAGCAUGUGCCCUUCAGGGAGAUCAUACACCAAUACAAGAGGCAGCCACACGCCAAGCCUGAGGUGUACAAGACAGUCAUUCUGCAGCAGAGCGAGCCUGACUUUAAGGUCGAGAGGACUGGGGACAUCAUCGAGUUCUACAAUCAGGUGCUUGUACCUGCGCUGCGCAACCAUCUCCUUGCCACUGUAAAUGCAGGCAGGGAUGCCACAGCCGUCAAUGGCACUGGGACGCCUGUCAGAAGAGGGGCGGCCGUCCCUGGAGCGCGAUCUGUGGUGCACUCUCGUGAGGAGUGGCCCAUGCCUGCCCAUCCAAUGACACCCCUGGGCGGCAGGGAGGCCGGGAUGGUGCCAGCCUCCAAUGGGCAGGUUGACGCGGGGAGCGUAGGGUCGAUGGGACAGGGGGCCCAGCCGGCAAGGGUGGCGGGGGGUGGCGGUGGUGGGAAGAGGCUUGAGGGCAAGGACAGUGGCCGGCAUGUGGGUGGGGAUGGCGGCGUGAAGUUCGAGCCAGAGGACUUUGCAAGUGGGCCACUGACGCCUGCCACCAGCAGGGAUCUACAGAUGCCCGAUGCUGUGGGGCUGGCCCCCACCACAGCCAUGGUGGCUGAGAGCAUGAAUGAUGUCACUGUCCCCAGCCUCAAAAAGCUGCGAAUGUCUGAGUCCAUGGAAGAGUUCCCAGAUGACUCUGAAGACUCUGAUGGUGCGCCUGCUGAUGGCGACGACGACUACCAGACGGAGGAGACGGGCUUGAGAAAUGACAAUGAUGAGGAUGCUGACGGGGAGUCGAUGACUGAGUAG